CGUCCACAAGGGCCAACCAUAUCAGCAUCAGCGCAUUACACACCACACCGCCCACCAGCAGUACCCUCGUCCUUCUCUCUUUCUCCUUUCUCUCUCUCUCUCUCUCUCUCGCACGCGGGGACACGGCGCUGCCAUGGCGACCCCGAGGACGAUGAGAGCCGUGCAGUACGACAAGUAUGGCGGUGGAGCUGAAGGCCUCAAGCAUGUGGAGGUGCCGGUGCCGUCGCCGAAGAAGGGCGAGGUGCUGCUGAAGAUGGAGGCGGCCAGCAUCAACCCCAUCGACUGGAAGAUCCAGAAGGGCAUGCUCCGCCCCUUCCUCCCCGGCAAGUUCCCCUUCACGCCAGUGGGCGAUCUGGCCGGCGAGGUGGUGGAGCUGGGCAGCGGCGUGACCAACUUCAAGCCGGGAGACAAGGUCAUCUCCAUCAGCUUCCCGAGCGGCGGCGGGCUCGCCGAGUACGCGGUGGCGCCGGCGUCGCUCACGGUGGCGAGGCCGCCGGAGGUGUCCGCCGUCGAAGGCGCCUGCCUGCCGGCCGCCGGAGGCUCCGCGCUGCAGCUGCUCAAGCUCGCCGGGGUCAGCUUCGACGGGACCUCCGGCACCACCGGCCCGAAGAACGUGCUGGUGACCGCGGCCUCGGGCGGCGUGGGCCACUACGCCGUGCAGCUCGCGAAGCUCGCAGGCCUCCACGUCACGGCCACCUGCGGCGCGCGCAACGUGGACUUCGUCCGGGGCCUGGGCGCCGACGAGGUGCUGGACUACGGGACGCCCGAGGGCGCGGCCCUGCGGAGCCCGUCGGGCAGGAGGUACGACGCGGUGGCGAACUGCGCGGCGGGGGUGCCGUGGCCGGCGCUCAAGGCGGUGCUGGCCGACGAGGGCGGCACGGUGGCGGACGUCACGCCGGGGGUCGGCGCCGCGCUCACGUCGAUCCUGCAGAAGGCGACCUUCGCCAAGAAGAGGCUGGCGCCGCUGAUGCUGGCGCCCAAGCGGGAGGAGAUGGAGUGGCUGGUGGGCUUGGCUAGGCAGGGGAAGCUCAGGACGACGGUGGACUCGCGGCACCCGCUGAGCAGAGCGCAGGAGGCCUGGGCUAAGAGCAUGGAGGGGCAUGCCACUGGCAAGAUCGUUGUGGAAAUGGGAGGCGCAGAAUGAACAUGAAACAGUUUAUGUGUUUGUGUUAUGUGGCAAUUUGAGAAAUUAAGAAUUAUGGAAUCAAGAUAUACUAGCUAUAGUAUGCAGUGCAUGUAAAAACUUAUGUUAAGGCACUUACAAAACCUUAUGUUCAGCA